AUAUGAAGAGGCAGAAAAUGACUGUACACAAGCUCUGCUCUUAGAUGCCUCCUAUUCUAAAGCCUUUGCCAGAAGAGGAGCUGCCAGAGUUGCUCUUGGAAAACUAAAAGAAGCUAUGCAAGAUUUUGAAGCUGUUCUGAAGCUGGAACCUGGAAAUAAACAAGCAAUAAAUGAACUCACUAAAAUAAAGAAUGAAUUAGCUGAGAAAGAACAGUUGACUCAUCAAGAAUAUCCUGCAGUAUUGAUAAAAGAAUCAGAAAUAAAAAAUAUAGUGAAAGUGAUUGAUAAUCCGUUACACCUGAAAACAACAAAGCCUUUGCGAAGAAUAGCCAUUGAAGAAAUUGAUGAUGACACACCAAAUAGUGAUUUGCCCAGCACUACUUCUUUAGUCAGUAACUGGAGGAAUUCAGUGAAUGUUGAAACAACAGAAAAUCUAGAUCAGGAUGAUCAGUUGACUACAAUGGACAUUCCAAAAGCAAAGCACUUGAAAAUAGAAGAAAUCAGUGAUACAUCACCAUUACAGCCUCCUGCUAGUGUGAAAAGAAUUUCAUCAGUGUUACAUCCAUCUUUCCCUGUGAACAAACAGAGAGAAAAAGAAAUCAAAAGGUCAUUUAGAUCUGAUUCUCCAGUCCCUGCCAUUCCUGCAAAUUCUUUCCAGCUUGAGUCUGACUUCAGAAAGUUGAAAGACUGCCCAGAAAAUAUGUACUUGUACCUGAAGCAAAUAGAACCUUCGCUUUAUCCAAAACUGUUCCAGAAAUCCUUAGAUCCAGACUUGUUUAACCAGAUACUGAAAAUUCUACAUGAUUUCUACAUUGAGAAAGAGGGGCCAUCACUCAUCCUUGAAAUCCUCCAGAGGCUAUCUGAAUUAAAAAGAUUUGAUAUGGCAGUAAUGUUUAUGUCAGGCUCGGAGAAAAAAAUUACACAAGUAUUGUUCAAUCAUGUGAACCACAUGGGACUGAAAGAUAAUUCUGUUGAAGAAUUGGAGAAGAAAUACGGCAUUUCCUCUCGGUGAGAUGACUAAUGUGUAAAUUUCUGUUUCCACACUUCUUAUAUGUGGAAAUCAGCUGGAGAAACCUAUAAAGACUGGAAGUUUGUUGCUUUUGUAUAUGUAAU